AAAUUCAAUCCUCCAGGUCCGUUCCGCAGUAUGACGAGCAUAUAGGCAAAAGAAGACACCAACUCUUCAACUACCUCCCAUUCAUCGCCGGCCGCCUUUCCAGCAGGAUGUCUGCAGAGAGCCCGGGGCAGAAAACUGGCUUUCGAGCCUUUUUAACAAACGCUCUGCGACCGAAAAAAUCCCGCCAAGUUCUCCGCAAGAACACCGUAUCUACACCAAACCUCCGAGCGGCUGCACGACCGAGCAUUGCCAGCGAUGAGGUUCCUGAACUAGGCGAGACUCGCGACCCUACGGCUAUGCUACAUUCGAUAGGCAUUCUUGAUACGGAAGAUUCGGAUGGUUUCGCAUCGGACUUACAAAAAGACAAUCGACCGCCCGGGGAGCCGAUGAUUGCAAGCCUAUCACAAGAUCUGUGGGCGCUUGUUGCAGAAUACCUCAAUCCGGCAGAGCGAGCCAGCUUAGCCUUUGCCAGCAAGACGCUUCUCCUCCGCCUGGGCCGGGGGCCCUGGAUGGCCUUGAACCUCCCCGAGAACCGCGAAUACAGAGUCGACUUCCUAGCCCCGCACGACCGAUACCUACCCCAUCAUCUCCUCUGCAUGCCUUGCGCCCGAUACCACCGGCGCACGCAGGAGGGCCACGAAAGACUCGAGCCCGCAACGGUCCUCGCGCUGCGCGCCCACCGCUUCGGCCCCGCCUACGGCAUCCCCGUCGACUCCCUCUCCCGUCGCUGGCGACGGGACGGCUGGUCCCACCACACCCGGUACCACAUCCACAAGGGCAAGCUGCUGAUGCGGGUGGUGAGCUCAACGUUUGCAGAGCCCGACCUGGCGCCCAGCUCGAUGCGCCUGCUCCUGUACUCGCGCGACGACUACUGGCCGUAUUUUUCCGUCUGCGCGCACUGGCGCGACGGGCAGCUCAUGGACGUCUGCAAGUGCGCGCUGGGCCACGUCCCGAAACCCCGCGCCACGGCCGGCCUGCAGGGCCUCGAGCACCGCGCCAAGGACAUCUACCACGGCCGCACGCACAACCCCAACCAGUUCGCGACCCUUUGCGCCAAGUGCCGUCCCAUGCGCCGCUGUCCCGAUUGUCCGUCCGAGUACAUGGUCGAGAUCAAGUUGUCCGAGGACCGGUCCGACCCGCGGAGUCUGCGCUUCCGGCAUGCGAUCGUGGUGACGAGGUGGUGUGAUCUCGGCGAUGGGACCUCGCCGCAUGGAUCGCGCGAGUGGGCCGCGUGUAAUGGCGAGCUGGCCGGGUAUGACUCGUUUGAGGUGCUGGGGAAGCGGUCCAUCUCCGGGGUGUUUGAGUCGGCGUUCACGGAUGAUCAUAUACCGGGGCAGAGGAUCGUUUCAAUGAAUCCGAAGGGGAAGAGGCUCGGGGAGGCGGGGAACAGCUGGUAUUGAGUGUUGUUGCUUUUUCCUACUAUACUGCAUUCUGGGACUUUUGGCCGUUGGUCAUGGCGUAUGAAGGGAAAAAAAAAAAAGGGAGUAUGGUCCGGAUAGCGCUGGCUGCAUUUUGGGAAUGAUAUAUAGACUGGGUUUGGUUUUCUAGCUUGGUAUUUGGGACAAAAUCUAACAACCGUUGAAUUCGUUAUGAUAAUCCUAGCUACCUCAAUAGUCUACAAGUUGUUCUGAAAUAGAAUGAUUGU